GCAAUCACAAGAUUAUACAAGCUCCCAAAGAAGACCUUACUACGAUCAAAAUGGACAAAGCACCCAGCACACAAGACUAUCUGCUCCGAGCACUGUCAAGAGUUGGCGGCAAUCUUUCUGGCGCAGAAGCCGUGGUCGAAGGUCCCAGCUACCAACCGCAGACCCAGGCAACGCGAGAAACUUUCGACUUAAUAAAAACCAUCGUGGCCAAGAAAUCGGACGUUGUGCGCAUUGUUGCCAACGCCAUACUGGAGUGUCUGAAGGACAAGUUUCUCAAGGACUUUGACAAGAAGAAGGAAAUCGAGGAUCUUCUCGAUAGCUCUUUGAGUCCGGAGGAAUUUGAUGAGCUGGUCAAUCUCGGCAAGAACAUCACGGAUUAUGUAGAUCUUGUAGGAGACUCUUUGAGCCCUUUGAGUGUGGAGGAAAUCAAUGAGCUGGUCAAUAUCGGCAAGAAAAUCAUGCAAUCUGACGAUCUUCCAGAAGACUCUUUGAGUCUGGAGGACAUCAACAAGCUGGACAAUCUCGCCAAGAAAUUUACGGAUUGUAAUGCAGAGGAUGAGGAGGAUAAGGCCACCAUGCCCUAG